UUUGCAUCGUAUGUGGUGGCAUGCUUGUUCUGCUGACCUGAUCUCACCGCUUCGUCUUCCGCUUUGACCCAGCCCUAAGAUGAACCUUGCAUGGAUCCAUGAGAUAUUGAUCUACGAAAUCCACCACCAACACGCAAUAUAUUGGACUAUUGAAUAUACCUAAAUGUAGUCUAAACCACCUUCAGCCAGUGGCAUACCGCCAGGCAGACCGGCAACGUAUACCCAUCCCUCUACUUUCCUGCCUUGUCUUGCCUUAUCCUACUUUUAGAUCACCGUUUAGAGCAUGUUGGCUCAGGGUAACAGGUCCCUACCAUAACCACGACAGGCUAUAUAUUUUCUGCUCAUCUAAUAUUUUAUUUUGAUUUUCUUCCCUUUCCCCCGUCAUCUUGAACCCCAAGAGCUUACUUCGAGCCCAGACCUAUGUUUGAAAAUUUCUGUAUACAAAGCCGAGUAUACUCGAGAUUACUGUUUUCUUUUCUAUUGGAUGCCCUAAACAAACCCUCAAAUGCAAGCCGUGACGGUUUAACUUAUAUAUAUUCCAAAAGGGCAAUAUGUCGUAUGGCAUCUAACGCCCAUUAUCAUGCGAUGUUCCAAUCGCAAUACACAUCACCGAAUACUACCAGGCCAAGUGCCAUGCGUCAGAUUACCUUCAAUGGACAUUAUCAUCGAAUGAAUCGCGAUCCCCUGCUAAGUUUGAGGCCAGAAACCUCGGCGCUCUCUUACGAUGCUCAAGACAUACCCAGUGAGCAGCCAUUCGGCUGUAUCCAAUGUUUGAGACCAUUGGCUGGUCAAAACUACGUGCAUUCAGUCCAGAGAUGUAAAGCAUCAGCCGUUGCUACCUCAGCAGCUGAACUCAGGCAUUUUUGGACCACACUCGUCGUCCUUUUUGAACCUGUACUGUGAGCUGGACUACAAGCUGCACACGACUGUGCGCUGAAGCCAAAUGGAGAUACCCGUGAGUACUGGUCAAAUAUGAGCACCAUGCUCACUACUUUUUCUUUUCCUUUCUUUGUUCUUUUUCCCCGGAUUUAUACAUAACCUAGCCUCUUUCGUUUAAGACCCAAGUCACAAGAUCUUGAUGCGGAGCUCCAUAUCAGUUAUAGUGCAGAAUAAACGACCGUGGGUAGUCUCAUGAGUCAGGCGGUAAUAUCUGGGCUGGGAACAAAGAUAGCCUUGAUUCAAGUCAUUUUCAAGUCCCAUUUCGCCCUAUAUCGCACAAACUUCAGGAUAGCUCAUAGCAUUCCAUACAGCCAACAAAAAGCUCGUAUGAAA